GAGCGCGCCCUGCAUGACGUCAUUGUUUCGUGCAGCAGACUGAAUGAGCAGCUGUGUGUACACUCCGGUACAGCAGGGCCUGCACACACACAGCGGUGACAAGGAAUCUAUGAGGAGGAUUUUUCUACAUGUUAUCAACACGGAGAGGUAAUCGUGAAACAUGGAGGGAGGACAUUUCGGCUACUCCCGGGAUUAUCUCGACCGCUUCAUCCAGAGCCAGGACUCGUCCGUGGUGAACAAGUUCCAGCAGAAAUACUGGAAAACCAAACAGACGCUCAUCAAGGUGACCGGGAAGAAAGAGGACGAACAUGUGGUGGCGUCAGAUGCCGACCUGGACGGCAAGUUGGAGGUCUUCCACUCCAUCCAGAGGACGUGCAUGGAGCUGCUAAAGGUCAUCGAGCAGUACCAGAGGAGGAUCUGCUUUCUGUCCCAAGAGGAGAACGAGUUGGGUCGUUUUCUGCGCUCACAGGGCUCGCAGGACAAAACCAGGGCGGGAAAGAUCAUGCAGGCAACUGGGAAAGCGCUCUGCUUCUCCUCUCAACAGAGAAUGGCUCUGAGGAACCCUCUGUGCCGUUUGUACCAGGAGGUCGAAACGUUUCGCUAUCGAGCGAUCUCAGACACGUGGCUGACGGUGAACCGAAUGGAGCAGUCCAGGACCGAGUAUCGAGGUGCGCUGCUCUGGAUGAAGGACGUGUCUCAGGAGCUCGAUCCAGACACUCAAAAACAGAUGGAGAAGUUCCGCAAGGUUCAAGCCCAGGUGCGCACAACCAAAACAAGCUUUGACAAACUGAAGAAUGAUGUGUGCCAGAAAGUCGACCUGCUGGGAGCGAGUCGCUGCAACCUCCUCUCUCACGUUUUAACCACAUACCAGACGACUCUUCUGCACUUCUGGGAGAAGACAUCUCACACCAUGGCAGCCAUUCAUGAGAGCUUCAAGGGCUGUCAGCAUUAUGAGAUCUCCUCACUAAAGACAUUAAGAGACCCCGUGGAGAAGCUAGCUAAGAAGAAAGGGAAGAAGAAAUUUAAAGCGGCGAAAGAAGACGCAGAGAAAGCUGAGACCACAGACGACCAACUCAUCUCACUGAACGAAAACACCAGCGAUAAGACCCGAGAAGGGGAUGCAGACUCCUUCUCUAACUAUCCAGACCUGGAGGGAGAGGAGAAGAACAGCAUGGCCUUACUGAAUGAGAUCCUGGGCAGCAUGUCUGUGGACGAGGGCGACUUCUCUCGAGAGUGGACCGAAGUUUUCGGAGACAACGAGGAAGGAACGAGCGCAGCGUCGGGUGGACGAGUAGACGCCGAGCAAAGGGAAGAGUCCUUCUUUCUACCAUCUCAGCUGUGGGACCAGAGCUUGAAUAAUCCGCAGUCUUCCAUGUCAGAUUGGGCUGGGAUCAGUCCACAGCCCGUCGCCGAGGCAACCGAGCACUCAUCUGGAGCCAAUCAGAAUCCUCCUAAGCAGACGGUGAAAGAGACGACAGCAGGGACAUCCAAAGACCUCUCAGCGUGGUUCAACCUGUUUGCCGACCUGGACCCCCUCUCCAAUCCUGACGCGGUGGGAAAAACUGACAGGGACCACGAGCUUCACAACGCAUAGUUCUUCCUCGGCGCCACAGUGAUUACAAAAUGGCGGCUACCGUUGUGAGCGGCAGCAGCAGAAUAAAGCUGCUACCAGCGCAGGGAGAAAAAUCACAUGAGCAGCCAACACACAGUCGUCAUGACUACAGAGUGAAAUAAUCAGACAAGUGAUCAAUCAGCCUCUCACUCAUUUAACUCCAGUGGUGGAAGAAGUACUCACAUCUUUUACUUUUACUUUAGUUCAGAUUCGCAGUGCCUCAGUGUAAAAAAGCUUGGUUACAAGUCAAAGCCGUGCAUUUGAAGUCGCACUUCAGGAACAGUACUUAUAAUGCAGAAUGGGAUCUCAAGAAUAUCAUUCACCUCAGUGUUUGAUUACAAUUACUAACGCUUUAAUGUGCUCAUCUCUUGA